AAAUGUAACCAAGUAAGGGUGUCCUUGCCCGAUUCCUUUCAUACAAACAAACAUACGUAUUUAUACAUAUAUUUGUCAGCACUGGUAAUUGGACGCUAGCUCACGCGGAGUCACGCAUACCAUAUUCGAAAAAUCGGCGCUAUUUUAUUAAUUUUUUUCGGCGUCAGCCUUUGUGUUGUUUGUGAAUUAAUAAAUUGUUUGUUUGCAAAAUGGAUAAAAGCAAGGGUAAUCAUAGUGAGCUGGAUCAGAAUUCUUUGGGCAUUUUGAGCAUGGAGAACCUGAAAGUUUUUGGUGAUUUAUCAAGCUUGGACAAAAGCUCCAGCAGUAUUGGACCAUCGAACCUCAGUGCGCGGCUUAAGGCGGAACGCGCCCGCGCUUUGGAGACGCUGGAAAGGCCGCGUGCAUCCCGAAGCCAAGUAAUGGGCCGAAAUAGCACGCUGUCUAUGGUAUCUGGCGCAAGGAGCAUUAACAUAUCGGAGCUCAUUACUGACGAAACAAUUGAUUUAAAUAGCAGUGGCGGUGCUUCUUUUGCAUCCAUGCCUUGUCCAAAGGGAUCAACAGUUUCAUUUGAGCCAGCUGAAAUCACUGGCCGUUCCACAUUGUGCCAAACUGAAAACCAAUCUUUUAGGCAUAGUAUAUCGGUACAAUCAAAAAAGAACAUAUCCGUUGCUGAUAUACUCAAGAGUUCAUUUGUUGAGAAGGCGCGUCAGCUAGAGAAGAAAUUACAAAAUAAUAGUGAGCAGGACCCAACAAAUACCACUCUGAGCAGCAUGACCGAAUCGCUUAACUGCUCACACAGCUUGCCGCGCACGGCUGAUAUGUCCCAGCAAAGUAAUCUGUCUUUAAAUGGAGGUAACGGCUUCUCCUUCAGUUCUGCAGCUGCGCAGGAAUUCAACCAAAGUGAUUUUAUUGCUGACGCCGAUUUCGCACCAGGCGAAUUGAUGCAAUCGAAACUGGUCUUGGGAGAGAUUUCUUGGGCGCAGGAAUUCACAGCCAUGCCAACAGCCACACUUAGCAAACCAGCAAUGGAAAAGGCCGCUGCACCUGCACAAAUAUAUGACAUAGAGACCUCCGUGUCCAACUCUGUGAUUGCGGGCGAUCCAAAUUUCUCGGUGGGUAACUUCUUUAGAACACGUUCGGAAAAUAUCUGGAAUAUUGUAAGCAACGAAACUCCAAACAACACGAAUUUACCGCAGUCGCUCGUAGACCCAAACUCCACCAUUGGAAGCGUAAUGUCUGCCAUCGUAGACCAAACACCAAAAGUGGAUAACAAAACCUACACAAAAUCGGAAAGCGCCAAACUCGAGACGAAUAUGUGGAAGAAAAAGCAACAAGAGAAAGUAAAUAAUGCCAUACAGCCGAAAGAAAAGCGUUGGCCUUCAUCCUCUGAGCUGCUAAGUCUUUCUGCGAUAGAUAGAGCUUUAUGUGAUUUGGACUUAAACACCGACACUUCUGCCAUUGAAGUUGUUGAUAAGCUCUGGGGGCGGGGCCAUGCCGCCGCCACCUACGAUGAGGAAGAUAAGGAGAAUUCUGUGCCGACGUUAGUCGUCGAGGAGUCGACGAAUCGCAGCUCACAUAAGCACACAGAUACGAUGGAUUUCACAGAUUCAGUUCUGAACUCGACUGACUUUAUUCAACUCCAGCAGAGUAUUUUAGUGCCACGCAAGCCGCUAAGCCCACUCUCUCAGCCGAUGAUAACGGUGACCGAAGCCAGCAAAGUUGAUGCUAACGAUGCUGAAGCUCACGAGGCAGAUAUUGAUGAAUGGCCAUCGACGCCUGUAAAAUCUCCUGGGCGCCGCAUACGGCGAACGAAAUCGCCAAAUAGCGUCAGUCCACACCCAGGUCAAGAUCUACAGCUGUUGCCCACAACUACUACAGAUGAUGAUGAUGCAGUGGAUGAGGACAAGACACCAGUUAAUUUAAAGCGCAACGUCUUGGCGAAGAGUCGCAAUCCAACCUCGCUGAGCUCAACACGACUGGAUGGUUGCGAUGUCCUCCCAUCGUCAUCCACGGAGUGUGAUUUUGGCAUUUCACCUAGCCUAGCUCGCAGUUCCUCAACAACAAAUGCCACACUAACAAGUCGAAAUGCCUCUCCACUUUCAUCGCCACGCAGUUGUCUAUCUUCCUCACCAAUGCUGGACAGCACUACGAGUUCCGAUCGCCGAAUGCUAAUGGCGAGUGCGGCGCGUAAAAUAAACUCAUCGCCAGCUUCAAGUGAAGCGAACUCAACGAGUGGCGUAAGAACUGUCGUCAAUGGCAGCCAAUUGAGUGGAACCGGUCGCAGCAUCUCGCGUUGCUCAAAUUCCAGUGAGUUCAGCCAUAGAGACGGAAAGCUUUUACCCUUAAAGGUCACCCACACGAGCUUGUGUUGGGGCAGCACCAAAUUGAGGACUGAUGUGCGCAAAUCAAUGCAAGUGAAGAAUACGGCCGACAAACGAUUGGUCAUGCGUCUGGGCAUUCAGGGGCCGGGAUUUCAGCUCGUCAGCGGUGACUGUAACACCAUUACACUACAGGCCAUGGAAUGUCGUACCAUUAGCAUAACAUUUUGUCCAACUGUCUGCGGCGCAGCUAAAGGUGCUCUCUCUUUUUACGCACCUGUGGGCAUGAAUAAUUCAAAUGUGCCCACAAUGGAGAUUCCCCUAUACGGCUAUGGUGGUAAUGCCUCCAUUAGCAUACAAGGCCUUCAAAAGGGUCCUGUGGGCGCCAGUUUCCUGACCAUGGGUGAUGUAUGUGAGCUGUCAUCGGGCCCCUUAUUAGGCGCAUUUAAAUUUUAUAACAAGGGACCACUGCCAGCAUUUGCCGGUAUAUCUGUGGACUCGACGGUGCUGAUGAAGCCGCGCUUAUGUGAAACGUUUGAGAUAAGCCCCAGCAAAGUGAUUAUACCACCGCACUCUGAAGCAUUAGUGAAAAUUGCAUUUCGACCAAAUCGUGAGGAUAUAAAAAACAUUUUGAAGAAGUCGGCACAAGUACUAACAUUAGCCAACAUGCGUAUUUUUUGCGGAGACGAGCCCAAUAGACAGCGCAUGCGCUCACUUGUACAGCGCAUGAGUAACAAGCAGCGGGAGCAACUCACAUCCUCGAUGCUGGAUAGCAUUUGGAACCGUUUUCCAAAUGAACAAACAAUGCGCAAUAUUGCCAGUUUGUUGGAGCCACCAGAAUUUAUACUCGACUUGGUCACAUCCGUCCGCAUUAUAGAUGUCGCACUGACAUUAAAUCGUGAUAUUGAUGAGUCGGCUGAAACGUCUUUAAUGUAUAUGCCCGAUGCCGAGGAGACUGUCUUGUUUCGCACAAUUUGUGUAGCCAAUUCCCCAACGCCAACCCAAUGCAACAUGCUGGAGCCUGUAGAUGAACUGCUCGAGGCUGAUACCACUUCACAGCCAGCACUGGAUGAUCGGCAUUGGUUGGUUCAGCCCACUACAAUAAAAUUCGAUUGGUCAGAAAGAGGGAAUGGACACAACGUUAUGUCCGUCGUUAUUGAAAACUAUUUUAAGUCACGUCAAUAUUUUGAAAUCACCUGCAAUGUGGGGGACAUAUUGCAGAUCGAGCCCACAGAAUGUUAUGUAGCGCCAGAAGGCGGCCAAGCUGAGAUUAUGGUACGCUGCCCUGUUAAGCCAGAACGUGAAAUCUUAAAAAAGGAUGUUUUAAUUGUGGUAUCUAUGGAGAAUGAACAAAUUAAUGUGCCUGUAAUUUUUAAUAUUUGAUUAUUUUUCUUCAUUUAAUUAAAAGUAAAUUGCAUUGUAA